AGUGAAAAAUAUCUUUAGGGCAGCAUCUUCUAACACGUAGAAUUUUUGCAGCAAAGCUCAAGUUACAUUUCAGCUGAUAGUCUUCCUAACGUAGGAGUUUCUUGUUCUUAAGUUGUGGUCGUGAGAAAUCCAAGAAAUUUUCACGCUGUACGAGCUAUUACCGAGCCUCAACUUAAGAGGUGUUAGAAUCCCUUAUUUAGUCCUGAUUUCCAAAAAUACCUGCGUUUGGUGGAAGAUAGGAGGAUUAAGAACAGGUUUGGAUUACGCUUAACGUUUCCAGUAAACAAACCACACGAUUCAAUUCAUACAACCAAAUCAUGUCGAGGUGGAAGCAGCUAUCGUCCCUUGUUAAAAGCAAGGAGUUCUUUGAUCGGGUACCUUCCAGCUACGUGUUUACACCGAACAGGGAAGAGGUUAUCAAUUCGAGGUUUCGUCUGCGCUACAGUACAACAUGUGACACGUACUAUCGUGAUUGGUCAGAUUCGAUCAGCCUCACUUCAAAUAAUGUAAUGCCCGGAUGGGAAAGAGGAAUCUUCGCAUUAGACUCUGUGUACAGAAACGUCGAUGAAGACUCUGGCGAGGUCUACUUCGACAGGAUCAAGGACAGCACAACAGGAAACCUAAAGUGGAAGUUUGAUUUCAGUGGGUGUGGUCUGCUGGUGGAUGAAAUCACUUUAUGCCUGAAUUACCUCGAAGAGUAUGGGGGAGAAAUCACCACUACUAUUGUAGGAGAUGCAGGGAAAAAGAGAGUAAGAUAUCUGAAAGGAGGAGAAUACAUGACAUACGAUCAGCUGCACAAUUCCAGUGUCAUCACCGUGGUUGUUCAUUUUAUUGGCGACCCUCAUCAAGUCACGAAACUAUUCCCUCAGAAAAUCAUGGGCGGUAUUGGUUAUCCAAUGGAUAUACUGAUAUCACUCAAGCCUCCGUUAGAAUCUUUGGGUAAACCAAGAAUACUGCUUGGUUUGAUGUACAGCAACGCGCAAGAGAUCCAAGUUGACGCAAGACAUUACAAAGAGACAGGCAGUACAGAAGCUGGUCGGGGAUUCCUUCACGUUGACUUCUACGAAGCCAAAGAUUUGCCACAACAGAAAGGAACGUUAGAAUCUGUUGCUAAAUGCUAUUUACUGCCAAACUGUAAGAAAGCCAAGUGCAAAUCAAGCUCUAGAAAAGGAAAGAAUCCAUUCUGGAAUGAACAGUUUUUGAUUGUCGGAGUAAGUUUCCUGGAAAUUAAGAAACAAGCGUUGGAAAUAUGCUUCUUGAAUAACCAUAAGAAGAAAAACAAAUUCUUCGGAGGACUGAGACURAGUAGGGGCUAUUCGAAAAUCAUGGCCGCCCAGGCAGAAAAAGCAUCAAAAGUUAUAACGCAGUUAUUUGCAAUGCCUCUUAAAAAAGAUGGCAAUGAAAAUGCAACCAAGGACAACAAAAAUAAUGACUCGGAGUUCACAACCUUGGCACGGUUUGCUAUAGCCGUGGAGAAGAAAGAAAAAAGAGCGUUUCACCUUGCACAGGUCAAUGGAAGCGACCCCUCCAAGGAAACAGAGGAACCAGUCCCGCCAAAGACGCCAUCUGUAAAUCCUGAUGUUGACAUCAAGAAAACUUGGAAUCUGACGAGUACCGAAGAACUUAACCACCUCGAUGCAUUAAAUGACAUACACACAAAAGAAAAUUCAUCUUGUUCAAAAAAAGGGGCCAAUACUCGCCGAGGUAAUGAUGUUGCAGGCAAUUCAAACUCACCCGAGUCUGUCUGCGAAGAGAAUUCUAAAGGUUCUGUGUCUACUGCUGUGAAUAAUCUACAAACGGGAGAUCCAGGGUUUCGAAAAACAUCAAUAGACGGAGAGUCGUGGACGAAACAGAAAGAUCAAACUUCUUCAUAUGAAUCAACUGACACUAAAAACACGAGAGAAACCUCCAUCAGUCUAGAAUCAAGUAAAACAGCUCAKAAGAAUGGUGGAGAGACGGGUAAUGGAAAGUGUAAAGAGAAUGGGUUAGAUGCUAACGGGAAUAGCGCAAAAACCAGCCUACGAAAGCCUUUGCAUCAAACCAAUGGGAAUUUAAAGCAAAGCGCUAGUAAGGUGUCUGAAAAGCAAAGCAAACCCACAGAGCCCGAGAAUAUUCGUAAUACCGAGAAUGAAAACGCGAGAGAAGAAAGUGCAAGUACAUCAAGCAGUUCCGCUGACUCGAACAAAACAUCAGAAAAUAACCGUUCCUCUACUAGUUGUUCAGCAGGGUUUUCCCAACGAUGGAAUCGAGCAGCUUCAGAGCGACAGCUUCAAAAGGAUCGAAAAAAAGAAGCUAAAAAGACUCAGAUAGAAAAAGCGCUGGGUGACAACCUGGAAUGUGUGAUGCUGGACGCAGUUGGGCUUGAGAUCAAACAAUGGGAAAAUAUGAUCAAUAAACCUAAACACUGGCAUUAUUGCUGGCAAAUACUUAGAAAAGAUAUGAUUCCAGUGCAUCAUUGUAACACAUAAAUCAUAUGACAUUCAUAGAAAUCUAACUCGAGUUUCUGUGGAAACAUUGCUAAUUACCUUUCAGUUUUUUACAAGCUUGGAAACAAGAGGAACCAUUUGCAUUGAAUUGAACGUUUUACUGAAUCCAUAAAAAAACGUCUUAAACUUUGGACUUUAGCCAAUCCUUUGCUAGAGGAGUUUUGUCAGCUAGUUUCGACCUUAAUAGAAAGAAAGAAUAGCUCCACCGAGGAGCUAUGUGAUGAAGUCAGAGACGAACAUUGACUGGCAAUGGUACAUGGCUAGUGCUUCUUUCACAAAAUAAACUGUACCUGUAUAUCCAAUCUAUCCAACUCAUAUUCACUGGGGUUUAAUUUAUGGAAUAGCUCGUUUUUAUACAUAAGUAAUAUAUUCUAUGUUUAGAGGCAAAGUCUUGGGGGAGGGGGAGGGUAGUGAAUGAUGAUUUCAGUCCCGCGCUAGCUUCGCCAAGACUCUGGGUUUGCCCAUAAUUCAAACCGAGAGACUCGUCUUCUGUUUAGCCUCUUGCCGCAAUCGCCUCACAGCGGCUGCGCAGAAGGCUACUUUUGUUGGGAUUUCGGUAUAAUUAUGUUUUUAUGAAUAGGUGGAUUAGCUCACUAAAGUUGUGUUAAUUAUUAGGGACCGUUCAUAAUCCAUUGCUUGGGGAGGGGCUCUUGGGAUUUUAAGGGAGUCCACUGGGUCAAUGCAAGCAGCACUUAUAUUAGGAGGGGAGGGGGCUAUAAAAAAUUGUGCACCAACUACUUACCUCAUAUUCUGCAAUUCUGAGAGGGGGGCACAAAAACAUCAGUUUGCGAAGGGGGGCUAAAAAAAUGGUGUUGUUUUAAACUUCAGAAUCCGUAUAUCUUCCAACCCCAAACCAAUAGAUAAUAAAUGGUCCCUUAAGAUAGUUAUGAAGAAAAAUUAUAACAAAUAUUCAAACAACAUUAUAUGUUUAGUCAUGCAGUAUGGUAACAAGAUCAUCAGUCGUUCACAUGUUGCUUGUUUUAAUAAAAAAAAGCGUUUGAUCAAACUGAAUGCAAGAUCCGGUCCGUUUAUAACGUGAUCCGGCGUGAUAAACUUCUCCCAAUGUUGACAUACUAUAGCCUAUUUUUUAGCUGUCUCUGGCUGCCUCUUGAGAAGAGUGGCGAAAUGUACACCCCGUGUGUUUUAAAAAGUCCUACUUUUGCUGUAAUUAAACCGAGAUAAAAAAGAAUUGCCAAGGGGAGUUCAGAAGUCCCUCCUCACUGACAGCCUUCCCUCCCCGCCACAAUAUAUAUCGAAAACACAAUUUAUGUUUAUGAGCAUUAUGGGUGGAGGUGUCGUACAGUACGUACGCUGCUAGUGCGUCGUCUUUCACCGCUGUGACUCCAACAGGUCGGGUCACUGGUGCUGCGGUCGCCACGUUUUUUUGAUGUAUCGUUCUCUCCUGCGCCAAGAGGGUUUUUCUCCUUGUUCUCCGGUUUUCCUCCCUCCGUAAAAUCAACAUGUGAGUCGAGCGUUGUGUGUAUAAAAUUGUAGAAAUGUAGCGGUAGUGAGUUUGAGCGAAAGCAGUCCCACAUCAGCAA